AUGACCAAGAUUCGUCCAGAUUCCGAGAUAGAAGUAAAUAACAGCGAUGAAAACGAUGAUAAACAUGAAAACUACGCGAAAUAUAGCGUUGUUGAAAUCGUUUCGGACGAGUAUACGCGUGAUGUAGAACUUAUGCAGCUGGAAGCUGUAGAAAUCGAUCGCAAAAACACGAACAAGGCGCUGGAGUUGACUUCCUCACUGCGCAAAAGUUCGUUCUUCUCUAAAUCAUUAUACCUGAGGAUGUGUAAAAUAUUAGAUAAUGAUCGCAUACUAGUGAUAUACGGAGAUGAUAGGAAGGAGGCAACAAAGAUUUUAAACGAAAACGAUGUUAAAAUACACGCAUUCCACAAGGUCGAGGUGCCCAGAUACGCUCCCUAUACUCCACAACAAUUCCAUAAGUGGAAGGUACACUGGCCACUCAAGUUUGUUAAGCCUUCUUUCCAGCCAUUGCAAAUUUCACCCGAACUGAAUAAAAGCAUGCUUAAGAGGCUGUUCAGAGUACUGAGGGACGCUUGUAAUAAAUGUUUAGAAUCUAGGGAGAAUGAAGGCAAAUGUGUAUGUAUCAUAACCUUUAAAGAUAAGGUGAUAUCGAAAGCGUGCGACGAGAGAGAUGUGCAUAUACUGAGGCACGCCUCAAUUAUAGCAGUAGGAAACGUGGCAGACGGAAAGAAGAGCGGGAAAACGAAAAACAGGAAUGACUUUCCGGACUAUUUAUGCACGGGCUGCGAAGUGUAUCUGAGCCACGAGCCCUGCUGUAUGUGCGGAAUGGCACUGCUACAUUCCAGAAUCUCGAGAGUAGUAUACGGAAUUAGAAAUAGAAAUCUGGGCUGCUUCGGGUCAGUGUGGAAUCUGCACAAUAUGGUCGAGUUAAACCACAGAUUUCGAGCAUUCACAGUCACACCCGAUAUGACAUAA